AUGGAAAAGGGCGGGGCGACGAAGAUAGAUCUAAACCGAGACGGUGUCGAGAAUCUGAGCGGCCGCGUUCAUCUCCUCCCUUGCUGCAUCAAGCACGACGGCCCCACCGAAGUUUCUAACUAUUUCAAACCUAAACCCAGCGGCGUCGUCGGAGAAGACGGUUUACAGUUACAGCAAUCGCAUUUUAGAGGAAGGUUACUCGAAGGAACCUCACUUCAACUUCCAAACAACUACUCCGGUUUUGUUUUGGGAAAGAAGAAUUCGUCGAGUAAAUCGGUUGAUAGUUCUGAUUCGUGGGAGACUUUGGCUAGGUUUAAGCAUAUUACUUAUUGGAAUCAUGACUGUGUUCCUUCGCAGAAUGAUGAUUUCUUCCGUGCUUUUCAUUGGAUCACUGUUGCUGAAGCUCUGCAUAAUCCUGUGACACCCGAGGAGUUAGCAUCUUUCACACUCUAG